AUUUGAAGGAAUAUUGAAACUCAUAUCAAUUUCUUUGUGUUACACCAAAAUAUACUUCUGUUAUUGCAUAGACCAGAGAGCUUAACGGAACAAGCACAUCUUCGUCAGAGUCUCCCCAACUCCUCUCCUAAUCGACCAAAGAUGCUCUCUUUUUUACCUUAGUUUUUAGCUUUGUAGAUUGGGCUCUCAUGAAUUGGGUUUAGAAGAGUUUUGAGUUGUUUGCGAGGUAAAGCUGGAGAAAGCUCUAAAAUGUAUCUGAAAGAAGGACGUUCCUUACUACUCAAACUCCACAAACCAUCAAUACCCUUUGUCCUAACCACCAACACCAACACCAACCCAAUUCCAAAUUCCAUUGAUAAACCCCAAUUCCAAUCCAUGGAGGCUCUUCUCAACGAGUUCAAUGUGUUGAAAAAGUUGAAACAAGAGCGAGAUAUCUCCUUGGCAAUGGAGUACUUCAUGUCCGUAGCCAAUUCUCGAGCUUUCAAGCACACCCCUCUAACGUACGCCGCCAUGGUUGAAAAGCUCGGGUGGGAAACUCAAAUGGAUGGAGUUCAGUACCUUUUGCAGCAGAUGAAGUUGGAAGGAAUUGGGUGCUCUGAAGAUUUGUUUGUUCAAGUAAUAAACUCUUAUAAGCGAGCUGGUUCGGCAGAGCAGGCUUUGAAGAUGUUUUAUAGGAUAAGCGAGUUCGGGUGUAAACCAACGGUGAGGAUUUACAAUCAUAUUUUGGAUGCUUUGCUUGGUGAGAACAGGUUUCAUAUGAUUAAUCCUAUAUAUACUAAUAUGAAGAAAGAUGGGUUUGAGCCAAAUUUGUUUACUUAUAAUAUUCUUCUGAAGGCUUUGUGCAAAAAUGAUAGGGUGGAUAAUGCAUGUAAGUUGCUUGAAGAAAUGUCUAAGAAGGGUUGCUCCCCAGAUUCUGUUAGCUAUACGACUAUAGUAUCUUCUUUGUGUAAGCUUGGUAAAGUUGAGGAAGCGAGAGCUCUUUCUGUUAGAUUUGAACCCAUUUUACCUGUUUAUAAUGCUUUGAUUAAUGGGGUGUGCAAGGAGUACAAAAUUGAGGAGGGGUUUGAAUUGUUGGCUGAAAUGGUGGAUAAAGGAAUCGACCCUAAUGCUAUAACUUACUCGACUAUUAUUAGUUCUCUUUCUGAUAUUGGGCAUGUCAACUUGUCUUUUGCAGUUUUAGCUAAAAUGUUUGUGAAAGGAUGUAGUCCUAAUAUUCAUACUUUUACUUCAUUGAUAAAAGGGUUGUUUGUGGAAGGUAGAUUGCAUGAAGCUCUUGCCUUGUGGAACAAGAUGAUUAUUGAGGGAUUAGAGCCUAACGUUGUUGCUUAUAAUACUCUUAUACAUGGUCUCUGCUCUAGUGGGAAUGUGGAUAAGGCUGUAUCUGUUGCUCAUCAAAUGGAGAGAAGUGGCUGCUCACCAAAUGUUAACAUAUACAGCACUCUUAUUGAUGGCUUUGCAAAAGUUGGCGAUCUUUUUGGUGCAUCUGAGACUUGGAACAGGAUGAUGAAUUGUGGUUGCCGUCCUAAUGUCGUAGCAUAUACAUGCAUGGUAGAUGUACUUUGUAGGAAUUCUAUGUUCAACCGGGCUUAUAUUCUAAUAGAGAAAAUGACUGCCCAGAGCUGUCCUCCAAAUACAAUCACCUUCAACACCCUUAUUAAGGGAUUAUGUGGGAGUGGAAGAGCAGAGUGGGCACUACAGGUGCUUAAUGAGAUGUGGAGCAGGUAUGGGUGUUUGCCUAACAUCACAACAUAUAACGAAUUGUUGGAUGGUCUCUUCAAAGUGAACAGAUUCGAAGAAGCUUUUGAGCUCAUUAGGGAGAUGGAAGAAAAAAGAAUAGAACGAAAUUUAGUCACUUGUAAUACUACACUCCAUGGGUUUUGUCAUGCUGGUUUGCCUGAGAAGGCUUUGCAGUUAGUUGGCAAAAUGGUUGUAGAAGGAAAAAUGCUUGAUCUCAUUACUUAUAACACAAUUAUUUAUGCCUACUGUAAGCAGGGAAAGAUAAGGCAUGCAACCCAAGUAUUGGAAAGGGUUGGUGGAUCAAACAAGUGGCAUCCAGAUGUAAUGACAUAUACUAGUCUCUUGUGGGGAAUCUGUAGUUCGAUAGGUUUAGACGAAGCGGUUGUUUAUCUUCAUAAGAUGAUAAGGGAAGAGAUCUUUCCUAACAUUGCUACAUGGAAUGUCUUAGUCCGAUGUUUGUUUAACUCUCUAGGUCAUUUGGGGCCAAUAUACAUUGUGGAUGAAAUUCUCAGUAAGGGAUGAGUCUCUUGGAUUUGAUUCUCUUAAAGUGAAUCAACUCAUCUGCCAAAGUUCAUUUCAAAAGGCUAUGGAUUUUGCUGGGGUGUCCUGGUUGUUUUUUAAGUUCAAAGGGCCCAUGUUGUUUGGCAGGACAUGUAAUGACAAUGAAAAAGGGAUUUCUGCUCUCAUGAGGACAAUGAUUACAUUAUCACUUGGGAUCAACUAAGGAAUUUCAGUUAUAUUUUGCCAACUUUGGCGCCUAUAUAACUUAAAAUUCAUGAUAUGGUAGUUAAAGAGAGAGGAUGUCCAUACAGUGUUGUAGUUAAAUAUUGCUACUCACGCUAACAGUUUUGAAGAUACGUGUACAAUCGACACAUUAUAGUUGAAGUAUCAUCAAUCUAUAAGGUAGAGUUUAAUCAACUUUCAUUUAUUUAUUUUAUAAAAGUACAAGUAUUAUUGUUGA